CCUGCCGUUGGUUUUCCAACUUUCUUCUCUGACUUGCCAGCCGUUGAAUUUAACGAACGAAUACCGUCGGCGACACCCACCGACUUGACUUUCCUUUUGAAUCAUAUUUCUACGACUGCAACUUCUACAUUUCUUAAUCGCUUCUCCCCCGUCUUCCUCUCCCUCUUCAUCGCUGUCUCUGAAAUUCCUUCUUCCUUUCUCUGUCCCUCUUCUCUUCUCUUCUCUUCGCUCGCUCUGUUGAAGGUGGCACAAUUCCUCUCCCUCAUUCGCUCGGUUGAAGGGAGCCAAACAGAGGGCUGGGAUACGUUUCGGCAUUGUUUGAUUGAGGCUGGUGAUGGAGAAGGCAAAGGCUGAGAACACGGGCCGUAGAAAGCGAUGGAAUUGGGUGGUGGCUGGAGCUCUCAUUGCCAUCUUUGUCGCUGUGGCUGUGUCUUCGAGGACCUCUCCGAAUUUGUCGCUCUUCGGACUAACUCGCACGCCUUGUCUUUGUGCUAAGUAUAGCGGGAUUGUCGAAGAUUGUUGUUGUGAUUAUGAAACUGUGGACCGUCUUAAUGAGGAACUGUUGCAUCCAUCGCUUCAAGAGCUUGUUAAAACCGCGUUCUUCCGGUAUUUCAAGGCUAAGUUGUGGUGUGACUGCCCUUUCUGGCCUGAUGAUGGAAUGUGCCGUCUGCGGGAUUGCAGUGUCUGUGAAUGCCCAGAUAGCGAGUUCCCUGAAUCAUUUAAGAUGCCCCAUUCACAAGAGGAUCCUAUCUGUCAAGAGGGAAAGCCGCAAGCAGCUGUGGACCGUACAAUAGAUAGUAAAUCUUUCAGAGGCUGGACAGAAGCAGACAACCCCUGGACAUAUGAUGAUGAAACCGACAAUUCUGAGAUGACAUAUGUUAACCUUCAACUGAAUCCUGAGCGCUAUACUGGUUACACUGGUCCAUCCGCCAGAAGGAUAUGGGAUGCUAUCUACAGUGAGAACUGCCCAAAAUAUCCAUCUGAAGAGUUAUGCCACGAGGAAAAAAUUUUGUACAAACUGAUAUCUGGUCUUCACUCAUCGAUUUCUAUCCAUAUAGCUGCUGAUUAUCUACUCGAUGAAGCUAUAAACUCGUGGGGUCAAAAUCUCUCCUUGAUGUAUGAUCGGGUCCUAAGUUACCCAGAUCGUGUCAGAAACUUGUACUUCACUUUUCUCUUUGUUCUUCGAGCCGUGACAAAGGCAGCAGAUUAUUUGGAAUAUGCUGAGUACGAUACUGGAAACCCGAAUGAAGAUCUGAAGACGCAGUCCUUGAUGAGACAGCUACUUUUCAAUCCCAAACUACAAGCUGCAUGUCCAGUCCCAUUUGAUGAAGCCAAAUUGUGGAAAGGUCAACGUGGACCUGAAUUAAAGCAGCAAAUACAAAAGCAAUUCAGAAACAUAAGUGCAUUGAUGGACUGUGUAGGAUGUGAGAAGUGUCGUCUGUGGGGAAAGCUUCAGGUCCUUGGUCUUGGUACUGCAUUGAAAAUCCUCUUCUCUGUCGAUGGUCAGGAACACUCUGCUCAGAAUCUGCAGUUGCAAAGGAAUGAAGUGAUUGCCUUGAUGAACCUACUAAAUCGACUGUCAGAGUCUGUCAGAUUUGUCCAUGAAAUGGGACCUUCAGUUGAAAGGAUCAUGGAAGGGCAGAUUUCUUCACUCAGUGCUCCAAAUAACAUAUGGCAAAGGAUUUUGUCAUUCAUAGUUAAAACCAAGGUAAGUAGUUGAGCUCGGUUUGAAACAACCAUAGAUUACUUCCAAGAGAGAGAUAAUUAUCAGGAAAGCAGUGUAGGUUUCAGAAAGAAAUGGCCCAUGAAAGGAUAGAAUAUACUUGUAUAAGAAUCAUUUCAAAGACAUGUGCAGAUCGUAAAUUUGCAUCGGGUAACAUUGGAAACUACAUUUUUAUUUCACAACUAUUUCACAAUAUUGGCGUGACAAUCUCAAUCAACCCUUAAAUUUAGUUGAUAGAGACCGAAACGUCAACAUUGUAAGAUAGUUGUAAGAUAAAAAUAUGAUUUUUAGCAUUAUUCGUCGUAUAUGAAAAUUUUGAAAGGUGAAGAACAUUAUAGUA